AUGGUGGCACUUUCGGAAGCGGAUUUCUCCCGGUAUCUAGAUGAAUCGGUGUCUGCUGCCCAGGAAGCCGGCAAUUUGAUGCUUGAGUGCUUCUCUCGCAACGACGCCCAGCAAAGCGUGGAGGAGAAAUCCACACCUGUCGACUUGGUGACCAAGUACGACCGACAAGUGGAAGAACUUGUCCUGAAGCGACUGAGGACCGCUGCACCCGAGUUCCGUGUCCUUGCCGAAGAGACGGCCAACAAAGAGGCAUUGACAGAUGCGCCUACAUGGAUCGUUGAUCCAAUCGACGGCACCACCAACUUCAUCCACCGACAGGCCGAGUGCUGCGUUCUUAUCGGUCUGGCGGUGCAGAAGCGGGCGGUGCUUGGUGUUUGCUUCAUCCCGAAGUUGGAUGAGUUGUACACGGCCGUCAGGGGUCGUGGCGCAUACUGCAAUGGACGACGCAUCGUGUCUAGUGGCUGCAAGGAACUUACACGUGCGUUGGUCAAUUUGCACAUGCCUUCAUAUUCCCGCGGGCCCAAAGUGGUGGACCGAAUUUUGGGCAUCAGCCGCGACUUGUUGGCCCAUCCAAUCAGGGCCAUGCGCUGCGGUGGCUCUGCGGGAGUUGAUAUGAUGCACGUGGCACGGGGCCGUCUGGACGUGUAUUUCGAGGUGGGCAUCUAUCCGUGGGAUGUUUGUGCUGGUCAAGUCAUCGUGGAAGAAGCUGGUGGUGUUUGCUGUGACACCCUUGGUGGUCCCUUUGACUUGGCCUCCCGUCGAGUGCUGGCUGCCUCAUCACCUGAGCUCGUUGCCCAGCUGGCUGUGCACCUGAAGAAGCACCGCUACAGCUCAGUGGAAGCAGACGACUACAACGCUGACGACACAGAAAAAGAACUUGUCACAUGCCCUUGCAGCGAGGUCGGCACUCUAGGUUUCUACAGCCAUGAGGUCGCGGCCCAAGCCCAAGUCUACGACUCUGCAAUGGAGAUGUUAUGGUUUCCGCGAAGAUUCCGUGAUUUCUUCGCUCUUGGCAUCGGCAACAACAGCACUUUCAACAUGGGAAAAUCCAUGGAGUACUUGUCCCUUGAGCCUCUGUUUCACCGCAGCCGUCUCCAGCCGUGCGUGACCACGGACAUAUCCUGGGUGAGCCCAGCCGCACCUGCACAGAACAGGAGAGAUGGCUCAGGGAAGGACGCCUUUCCGGCAGCGACCCUCGAGGCAAUUGAGCAGGCUGCGCAGCAGGACGGGGAUGCGCCAAUGGGCGAAGACUUGGGAAACUUUUGGGUGAAUCAGCCUGGCCAGCUGUCCUUCGAAGUCCAGUUCAAUCGUGGCGACAAGGUGAAGGACCUGAGGACGGUCAUCGAGAAGGUCACCGGGAUCCCUCCGGAUGCGCAGGAGAUCCGUGCGGGCGGAGACCUUCUCUGGAGCCUGGCGCUUCUGUUCCCUUUACGGACAGUCGAGCUUGCAUGCACCACUCCUGUUGCCCAGAAGACGGACAUUUGGGUCAUGGACGACCGGGAUGACUCCCCAGAGCGAGGCGAGUGGAACCCCGAUCCGGAGGAGGACAUGGAUCCUCUCUCCAAUCCUUUGAAGAUUGCCAUUUAUCUCUUCAGUGGCAUCAUUGGCAUCUUCUGGGUGACACAGGUUCUCGGCGUCAAUCCGUACGGCAACUGGCCAGAAGGUCCUCGUGCGAACUGGGCUGAGGUGCCGGAAGAUCUCCGACCGGGUGCCGAGCCCUACCAGCGACCUCAAGCUCUGGAUGUUGACGAGAAGACGCAGAAGCAGCUUCUGGACGAGUGCGAUGCUAACGACGACUCGUGCGGUUUGUCGUUGAGGCAGCUUCGCGGUCAGGGCCUGGAGCAGUUGGAGCUCGAGGACUUUCUGGCGGGAGCAGACUUUGACGAGGAGGAGGCUAUGGAGGUGGCGAAUCAGACCGGUGGUGAGUAUUCAUUCUAUGCGUAUCGUGCGAAGAAUGACAAGAACUACGAGGACACGAAUGUCAACAUGGCCAACCUUCCGGGUGUGAUGUGGUAUCUGCACAGCGAGGUUGUUGGACAUUGUCCUCGCAAAUUUGGGAUUGUCCGCAUUCUUCGCUACAAGAUCACCAUGAAGCCGACUCCGGAGCUCGAGCGGACGGGGAAUCCCUUCGCGCACCUCUGCCAUUUUGACAGCGGUGCCUGCACUGGUCCUCAGAACAGCCUGGAUGAGUACCAGAAGUAUGGAUAUGUUGUCGGCUGUGACCGACCGAAUCAUGCACAUGCUGCUUACAGACAGGCCACCUGGUACAGCUUUCCUGGCGAUUGUCCUUCUAAGACCUUCCAGCAAAAAGCCGGCUGCCAGGAGAAGGGGGGACUUUGCAAGCAGGGAGAGCCUUGGUCCAAAACCUGCACCUGGCGACGGGAGUACGCUGGUGAGAUCACGCUGGACGAGCUGACCCACAACUACCACUUCGAAGAGCGCUGCAAGAAGGGCUUCUACGAGUACAACGAAGCACUGGACCGCGGUCAGGGCACAAACUACUGGCACACCCGCUCCAGCGAAGCCGUCUGCAACCGCCGGAUGAAGUGGCUGAAAGAAGUGCUCCACAAGAAAGCUGGCGGCCCACGUCUCCCAGACCCUCCACAGUGCCCGUGGGGAGACAAGGACCGCAGCUUGGCACAAACAGGAGUCCUGGUUGUUGUCCACGCUUGGUGGUCCCCGGUCACAGCGUGCCUGCUACUCAGCGAUGCUAGGCGUGGCAAAGGAUUCGUGGACGAGGAGGAGGAGGAUGAUGGCUGCGGCGAGCCUCGCCCUGAGCAUCUAGCAAAAUAUGGGCAUCGCGGAGUUGCUUGGGUGAACUUGUGCAACGUGGAGAAUGUGCUGUCGCCGUGUUGGUCGAGCGAAGCCUUGUGCAGGUUGAAGCGAACGGCGAGGCAUGCUGACAACCAGCCGCAGCAAAUCGCAGCCAUGUGUGGAUUGCCACACUUCGCAUUCUCCGCCACCUUGACUGCAACCUUCUCGAAGGAUUCGCUGCGUGGUGGAGAAGUUCUACAACACUCUGGAGACGGGCGGUACGGACUGUGCAUUUUGAGCAGGUUCCCAAUCAUCCGGUCGCGCCAGCUGUCCUUCAACCGUGCGGAGGGAAGUCCUGGUGAAACCCUCUUCAUGGACCAGGAAGAGCAGCCGCGGGGCGCUCUUGCAGUGCUCCUGGACAUGCAGGAAGAGGAUGCUGAGCCGAUGUGGGUUGUGAACACGCAUCUCUCCCACAGGAUUGCGUCUCAGGAGCAGCGACGGCAAGCGGCAGAGGUCCUCCGCUGGAUGGACGAACUACGAUCCGAAGAUCUGCCAGAAAGUGAUAGGGCAACGUUUCUGCUAGCAGCCGAUUUGAAUUCACCUUCUUUCUGUCCAUACUCUUCCUAUUCGGUCAUUGCUGCAGACUCCAGGUGGAAAGACCUUUGGCAGGAGGGUGGUGGCCCGUGUUGCUGCUCAGCCACCUUCCCAGCGAAUUGGUGUGGCGGCUUCUUUGGAACCAGGAUUGAUCACAUCUUUGGAUUGUGUCUGGAAGAUGGACCAAUUCCAAUGUGUGAAACUGCCCGAGUUGUGCGCGAGACACCUGCGGAUGAACUUGCUUCCGACCACUGCGCCGUGUUUGUACAGAUGGAUUUUGUUGUGGCCCCCGAUGUUUGUAGCAAGGAGGAAGUUACUGUCCAUCAGUUCACUUUUGGAACGUCAGCGCCCAUUCAGCUGCCAGACUUUUCGCAGAUGCACAAGUCGCCUCGACAGGAGGUCAAGUCUUUGCGGCAAGCUGGCCAUGGAGAGGAGUUGUCGUUGGCUCCUGUGCAGGAAGUAGAGCGAUCGGCGCCAGACCGACCGCCACUUCCACGGUCACCGCCCCCGGCCAUCCACCGGCCACCGCCCCCGAGCGGCGCGCAGCCGCCUUUUGUAUCUCCGCGGACUGCCUCGCCCAGAACGGCCUCUCCGAGGUUGCCUGGCAACUGGCACCCGCACAUGCCACAGCAAGGCUUUUAUGGUCAGGUUCCGAUGCAACCGCCGCCGCAGAUGUACGGCGAGCCCAUGACUUGCACUUGUUUGUUCAUUGUCCCGCAGCUUGGUUUAGAGACGAGUUGGCUAGAUCCAUUGGCGGCACUAGCCAUGGGAUCGAUGCUUGGAAAACUGUGCGUUGGUUGCUUUGCGGCGUGCUUGGCCUUGAACUUGAUUUGGGCAACGAUGUUUAUGCGAUUUGUUGGUCUUUUGCCAAUGGAGAAGAGGAGAAGAGAGAGCAUUUGCCUGGUUGUGAUCCAGGCAGCCUGGAGGAUAUCUCUCUUCUUCUGUCCUUGGGUUUCCAUAUCCCAUUCUGACGACUCUGCGGCCGAGUGGAGAGGCAUGCAGCAGAAGAUGGAGGGUGUAACCGAGCAGCCGUUGAUGGUUCUGGGAAAUCAUACCUCGUUCAUGGAUGUCAUCGUUGCAACCUGCUGCAUGCCUGCGUCCGUGCUCAUCAAAUGCCGAACCUACAUGGAUGCACACCUCUUCGCCAUGCCACUGAUAUCGACAGUAUGUCGCUCUGUGGGUCAUUUCCCUGUCUACUUCAACAGCGCGGAAGCGGGAGUCUUCAAGGUUGACAAGGAGAAGAACGAGAAAGUCGAUCAGGAAGUGGACAAGCACCUCCACAGUGGCGGUUGGCUCUGCUUCUACCCUGAAGGUCAGUGCAACAGAACUCCCGACCAGCUCAUGCCGUUCCGCUAUGGUGGCAUGAAGAAGGCGCUGGAAUUUGAUGCGAGGCUAAUAUCUGUAGUAUGCCACGGGAAUGAAAAGGUCUGGCCGCGGAAGAUGAAAGUGGGAGGACUUCCAGGUUCUAUUCAAGUCAGCUGCAAGCAGCUUGCGCCAGACGGUGUAAAGGCACUUGUGAAGCAACUCCGCGAGUCUGAAGACAUUUCCGCAGAGGACAAAAAGGGCGAGGACUUCGAGCUGCUUGCGAGACACUUGCAGCGUGUCAUGCAGACGCAGUAUGAUGACAUGAAUGGAAGAGCGAAGAAAGACUAA